UCAUUAAUUAGCUCCACAAAUUAGUGUCCCAAGCUAUAGAAGAGUCCAUGCAUCUCUAGUUUCUCUACACACAUAUAAAUAAAUUAUAUAUUUACAGCUCAAUAAGUUUCACAAGCAUACAUAAACAUAUAUGAUCAAGUGGUCAACAUCUUGUGAUGUUGACUCACUCUGAGCCCUCUAUUUAUUCCUCUUCAAAAACUCCAAUUUUUCUUCAUCAUCAUCUACUUCUUUCAUCAAGAAAAAAAGGGAAAAAAUGGGAUUAUUAGUGGGCAUAAAUCUCCUCAUCAUAAGCUUUGUCUCAGUAAUUUCAUCAGCCAAAGGCUCCUACUAUGCCGGAUGGACCAACGCUCAUGCCACUUUCUACGGUGGCGGUGAUGCUUCGGGCACAAUGGGCGGGGCUUGCGGGUAUGGGAACCUGUACAGCCAAGGGUAUGGGACAAACACAGCAGCACUAAGCACAGCAUUAUUCAACGAGGGAUUAAGUUGCGGUGCAUGUUUCCAAAUAAGGUGCGCCAACGACCCUCAAUGGUGCCUCCCCGGCACCAUUGUGGUAACGGCCACUAAUUUCUGUCCACCCGGUGGUUGGUGCGACCCUCCCAACCUCCACUUCGAUCUUGCUCAACCCGUCUUUCUCCGCAUUGCACAGUACAGAGCCGGAAUAGUACCUGUUGUUUACAGAAGGGUUCGGUGUAGAAGAAGAGGAGGGAUUAGGUUCAGCAUAAAUGGGCAUUCGUACUUCAAUUUGGUACUGAUAACGAACGUAGGUGGAGCUGGUGACGUGCAUGCAGUGGCUAUCAAGGGAUCUCGAAGUGGAUGGCAACCAAUGUCGAGAAAUUGGGGUCAAAAUUGGCAGAGCAAUUCAUAUCUUAACGGGCAAAGCUUGUCAUUUAUUGUUACAGCUAGUGAUGGUCGAUCUCUUAUCUCUUACAACGUUGCUCCUCCUAAUUGGUCUUUUGGUGUUACAUAUACUGGAAGACAAUUUCGUUACUAGCCUACCUACCUACCUUUAUUACAUAAAUUAAAAUGUGAGACAAUAUAUAGAAAGAGAGAGAGAGAGAGAGAGAGAGAGAGAGAGAGUUCAUAUUUAUAUAUAUUUGUUUUGCUGUAUACUCAUGAGUUUGGUAUAGAGUUAUCUUAUUAUGAUUAAUUAAUUAAUGUAUUAUGUAUGUAUGUAUAGCAGAAUUGAAAAAGCAGCCCUUUGUCUCUGCUUUGUUGGUUUUAUUAAGUUUUGUAAUUUAAUUGAAUACAUGAGUUAUAUAAUAAUAAAGUUAUAGCUCA